GUCAAGACAGGUAAUUCACCUUCUUCCCACCCUAUAUGAAACCCCCUUCCACCCUCCUCACCAAAACUCCACCUCAAGAAGCUGACCAUCUUCUCAAAUGGCUAAAUCCCAAUCUCUUUCCUUUUUCUUUCUCCUCCUCGUCAUCUCCUUCCUCGCCUCUGGUGCAAAGGCGGCUUCUUUCACCCUCACCAACAACUGCGGGUACACGGUGUGGCCCGGCAUCCUCUCCGGCGCCGGCACGGCGCCCCUAUCUACCACUGGCUUCGUUCUCAACUCCGGCCAAUCUCGCUCCGUCGAUAUCCCUUCCUCCUGGUCCGGUCGUCUGUGGGGCCGCACCUACUGCUCCACCAACCAAUCCACCUCUACCUUCUCCUGCGUCACUGGCGACUGCGGCUCAGGUAAAAUCGAUUGCUCCGGCAGCGGCGCCACCCCUCCCGCCACCCUUGCGGAAUUCACCCUCAACGGAAGCGGUGGCAUGGAUUUCUUCGACGUCAGCCUCGUCGAUGGCUACAACCUUCCCAUGCUCGUCUCUCCAACUUCCUCCACCGCUUCCUCUGGCGGCAAUUGUACGGCUACUGGUUGCCUCGCCGACCUCAAUGGUAUAUGUCCCUCGAAUCUGAAAGUCAUCCUCUCCGAUUCAGGUGGGCAGAGCGUGGCGUGCAAGAGCGCCUGCGACGCCUUCGGCAAGCCGGAGUUCUGCUGCAGCGGAGCUUAUGGAAAUCCUAACACUUGCAAACCUUCUUCUUACUCUCAGAUCUUCAAGAACGCCUGCCCAAGAGCUUACAGCUAUGCUUAUGAUGACGCUACUUCGACUUUCACUUGCCCCACCGGCGUCAAUUACAUCAUCACCUUCUGCCCCAGUAACCCCGGCCAGAAAGCAGGGGAGAAUAAUCCGCAGGCAGCUGGAAUUCCGCUGAUCAAUGACAGCAUGGUGUUCUUGGGUCCUGCGAGCGGCAGCACGCUGGCGAAAACGUGGCGUUUCGCCGCAGUGAUUUCCGCCGCCAGCUUAGCCGCGUUUUGGCUGCAGUUCUAGAAAACUGAGAAGGCGCAGCUCACGGAUUCUUUUACGCAUUCGGCAACGCGCUUUUCGGUAAGCGAAUCCCGCACGUAUUUUAACGUUUGGCACGGCGGGCGGAGAUUCCAAUGGCCGGCCAUGGCCGGAGAUGAUUGCGCCGGUGGAUUAUUAGUUAUAUUAUUUGUAGUAUAAUUAUUAUAAUGGCAUUGUUUGGAAGGAAUUGAUAGGAGAUUUUUAUUAUGAUGCUCUUAUUGAAUUUUAUUUUAUUAAUUUAAUUUAACUUUUAGGCGAA